UUCAUAUCUUCAUGACAACAGAUGUUUAAUCGCACGCAAAUACCGAUAGUUGAUUUUAGCCUGAGAUUUAACAGAAAUUUACUUUUUGAAGUAAUAUAGAAUUCAGCCAAUUAUGAAGAUACUUUGCCUUUUGCUGUCCAUUUUCUAUUUGAGUCCAACAAUUGUCGACUCCAGCAAAAGUGGUUACAAACAAGCCAUCUUGAGCUGCAAUGAUUACAUAGACUCAAUGAUCCAGGAAGUUCUGGAAGAAAAUGGCGACUAUUUCGACCCUCAUCCAAUCAACGAGAGUCUUUUAACAUUUCACAAGAAAGUUGUGUUCAUUGACUUCAAAGGAGAGGCCAAGCUAACAGAAGGAUACAUAAGCGGUCUACGAAACCUCCAUCGUGUGUCCUCCUGUUCUCUGUCUUUCGAACAAGGGAGGUUAAAAGUGAGCGCCAAAUUGGAAAUCGAAAAGAUGUUUUUCAAUUUCACAGGCUCCGUGAAGGCUAUAAACAUCAACAAAGCCGUAUCUGUGAAAGGAGACACUUCAAAGGUGCUUGUCAGUACAACGAUUUCUUUGGAUGCCGAAGGCAAAGAAUCUGUGUUAGAGAGCUUAAACGUUGAUUAUAUUAGUAACAUAACAGUUGGGGUCGAGGGAAUGAAAUUUUUGGGAUGGAUGGAAGAGACAACGAAGGUCAGUAUUGGUCAGUUUUUCAAAGCGUUGACGGAAAAACUGGUUGAAGUUCAGAUGAGGAGGCUUGCGGAGGAAAGAAUGAAAGAAAAGCCAUUUUCCCUGGAGAAGUUCGAUUUAGACACCGGGGGACUUGAAAUAACAACGACAGAAGAUGAAACAUUAAUAGGUGAACCUGUUUACACCAAAGAAGACUCAAACAGUUACAUCGACAGCGUUCUUGAAACAAGAUUCCUCUUCGAAUCAGACUACAGCAAUUUGGAUCCAUACUUUCUUCCGGACGAUCGCAUAGACAACGUGUACAUUUCGAACGAAAAAGACAACUACGUAGAACUCAAAAAUGGCUUUUUGGAACACUUAGGCGAACUCAAACGCAUUCAGGACUGCUCUCAACCUAUUUUGAGGUCAACAAAUGUAACUUUCACCUGCUUUCUUGGCUUUCAGCAACAGUUGAAGUUCUUGUCUCCGACUGAAUCUCAUAACGGAAAUACAGUAUCUAAUUUUGACUUACUUGCUCUAGUAGAUGCUACAAGGCUUAGUGCCAAAAUCACGACUACGGUUAAGGAUAACAUACCAAGUAUGCUGGAUUUGAAUGUGAAUAACUUGGGAAGAGUUACGGUAAAGGCGGCAUAUGUUGUAACAGAUGGUCCAUCCAUGCAAGCUGAAGGCACAUUCAAUAAAAAUAAACUUAUAAAACACUUUUCUGAGAAAGUUAGAAAAAUUCUUCUUGGAAAGUUAAAAGAUGUUUUAGGUUAUAGUAUUUACAAAACACCAAUUCAUUUUGUUGAAUGAAAUUUCGCAAUUGGUAUAAUUUGCUGAUUAAUGUGCCCCUUUUUACUUUUAUAGAUGUAAUAUAAUAUACUAAGUGACUUGACUUAACUAAGCAUUUCUUAUGCAGAAAUGAUACAAAAUAACUGCUGCUCGAAUGUGUUUCUUAUUAAAGUGACACAUUUUUAACGAAAU